AUGGCGACCACAACCAAGGACCCCAAGUCAAAGCCCAGCAGCUUGCGGUCCAUCCUCGCAGGCUCGACCGCGGGGGCUGUGGAGAUCGCAAUCACAUAUCCGGCUGAGUUUGCGAAAACACGGACACAGCUCAAUCGCCGACUAGCGGAAGGCCAGAAGCUCCCAUGGCCGCCGUUUGGAAAGCAGUGGUAUGCAGGAUGCACGACCUUGAUUAUUGGGAAUUCUUUGAAGGCGGGGAUUCGAUUCGUCGCGUUCGACUCCAUUAAAGCGCUUCUUCAGGAUGAGAAUGGCAAGAUUUCCGGUCCAAAGACUGUCGUGGCUGGGUUUGGUGCGGGAUUCACCGAGUCUCUGCUAGCUGUCACUCCGUUCGAGAGUAUCAAAACUCAGCUGAUUGAUGAUCGCAAGUCCGCAAAGCCUCGAAUGCACGGUUUCCUGCACGGUAGCAAGAUUAUUUGGCAAGAACGGGGAAUCCGGGGCUUUUUCCAGGGCUUUGUACCCACCACGGCACGACAAGCUGCAAACUCGGCGACCAGAUUCACCAGCUAUACGACCCUCAAGCAAAUUGCGGAGGGCUAUGUGGCGCCGGGUGAGAAACUGGGAACCGUGAGCACAUUUGCAAUUGGCGGAGUAGCCGGUCUCAUCACUGUCUAUGUGACACAACCACUGGAUACGGUCAAGACAAGAAUGCAAUCGCUCGAAGCCAGUAAGAAUUACAAGAACAGUUUCGUCUGCGCGGCAAGGAUUUUCAAGGAUGAAGGGAUCUUGACCUUUUGGUCUGGGGCCGUGCCACGCUUGGCACGGCUGAUCCUGAGCGGAGGAAUUGUGUUUACUAUGUACGAGAAGAGUAUGGAGUUGCUGGACGUGGCGGAUCCAGAGCGGAAAUACAUCUGA